CUCAGUGACAGAUGGCGAGUCCUUCUCCCCCAGGGGAAGCCAGUCUUCGUGAAUGCAGCCGCAUCCUGCACGAGACAUCCGCGCGGGGCGUGUGGAUAUGAUGCCCACCCGGAGAGGGAUGGUGUAAACAAACCAGAUCUGCCCCAUCACCGGAGCUCCGCCACGGAGGUUGCCUGUGCCACAAUGUUGAGCCGUCUGUUCAGCGAGGUGCUGCCGGACGUCCAGAGGCUCGCGGCCGACUGGGUGGACGACGCCGAGGGCGAGGAAUGCAAGACCAAGUCCGACCACGAGCGCUGCCACCUGGACGAUGACGACCUGGACGACGCGCAGGAGGACAGCAGCCGGGCAGAGUCCGAGAUGGCCGGAGACGACGACGACGACGACGACGAGGCCGAGGAAGAGGAGUGCGGGGACGAGAACGGGGAAGACAAACCCAAAAAGCGCGGCCCAAAGAAGCGGAAGAUGACCGCGGCCCGGGUGGAACGCUCCAAGAUGCGUCGGGUCAAGGCGAACGCGCGGGAGCGCACGCGCAUGCACGACUUGAAUUCCGCGCUGGACAACCUGCGCAAAGUCGUGCCGUGCUAUUCCAAAACGCAGAAACUCUCCAAGAUCGAGACGCUGAGACUGGCCAAGAAUUACAUCCUGGCUCUCGGAGAGAUUUUGCGCAACGGGAAACGCCCAGAUGUGGUGACCUACGUGCAGAUGUUGUGCAAAGGCCUGUCCCAGCCCACCACCAACCUGGUGGCGGGCUGCCUGCAGCUCAACACCAGGAACUUCCUGACCGAGCCGUGCACGGACGGGGCCCGUUUUCACGUGCCCAGCUCUCCCUUCUCCGUCCACCCUUACUCGUACCGGUGCUCCCGGCUGUCCAGCCCUCAUUACCAGGCCGGGACCGGCGCGCUCAACCUGAGAGGCCACUCCUACGGCCCCGGGUACGAGGCCUCCUACCCGCCAGGCGGCACGUCCCCCGACUACAGCAGCCCGGACUACGAGGGCCAGCACAGCCCCCCCGGGUGCCUGAACGGGGGGCUCUCUGCCAGGCAGCAGGAGUCCUCCGAGACGGACAGGAACUAUCACUACUCUAUGCACUACUCCGGACUGACCACUUCUCGCCCCGGCCACAGCUUACCCUUCGGGCCCUCGGGAGCGCGCAGCAGUGGCUCUCACUCAGAAAACAUCCCACCUUUCCAUGACGUGCACUUACACCACGAUAGGGCGCCACCGUACGAGGAUCUCAACGCUUUUUUCCACAAUUGAGUUGAACGAUAUACAGCGAUCGAACCUUAUUGACUUUAUCAUGACAAUCUCAUAACGUCUAAUAUUGUUCAGAAAAACAACUGGAGCUCCCUUAAAAAAAAAAAAAAAAGCAGGUGGCAGAAAGAGUACCCUUCUUAUCUUCUGUAUUCUACUGAUGUCACCCCUAAUACUGUUGUACAUCCUGUGAAAAGUGUGUCCCAACUGUUAUGCUGUAUGCAGAAUGAGUGCAAUUGACAUAAAUAAUGUAUAAACCGACAAGAAACAUGCUAUGACACAAACAAAAGAAAUAAAAGUGUUUUAUAAUUGUCUGAAAUGACUGAGCAAAUGCUGUGAACGCCAGAAAAAAAAGGGCAUUUGCUGUGACUGUCGUCUUAAUUAAAGUUGC